AGGGGAGAGUCCGGGAGAGGGAGGGAGGAGCGGCGGCGCCGGGGGCAGCUCCGCCAGCCGGCCCCUUCCCCCGCGCCCGCGCCCACCCGGAAUGAUGAAGAAGAACAAUUCCACCAAGAGGGGGCUUCAGGAUGGCAGUCACCCGUCCGCGCCGCCCGAGAAGGUCGGCUGGGUCCGGAAAUUCUGCGGGAAAGGGAUUUUCAGGGAGAUUUGGAAAAACCGUUAUGUGGUGCUGAAGGGGGACCAGCUGUACGUCUCUGAGAAGGAGGUAAAAGAUGAGAAAAAUAUUCAAGAGGUGUUUGACCUGAGUGACUAUGAGAAGUGUGAAGAGCUCCGGAAAUCCAAGAGCAGGAGCAAGAAAAAUCACAGCAAGUUUACUCUUGCCCACUCCAAACAGCCCGGCAACACGGCUCCCAACCUGAUCUUCCUGGCAGUGAGUCCAGAAGAGAAGGAAUCAUGGAUCAAUGCCCUCAACUCUGCUAUCACCCGAGCCAAGAACCGCAUCUUGGAUGAGGUCACCGUUGAGGAGGACAGCUAUCUCGCCCACCCCACUCGAGACAGGGCAAAAAUCCAGCACUCCCGCCGCCCCCCAACUCGGGGACACCUGAUGGCCGUGGCUUCCACCUCUACCUCGGAUGGGAUGCUGACUCUGGACCUGAUCCAGGAGGAAGACCCUUCCCCUGAGGAGCCGACCUCUUGCGCCGAGAGCUUUCGGGUGGACCUGGACAAGUCUGUGGCGCAGCUGGCCGGCAGCCGGCGGAGGGCCGACUCGGACCGCACCCAGCCCUCCUCAGACCGAGCCAGCGGCCUCCCCCGGUCUUGGGAGAAGCCAGACAGAGGGGCCACCUACACCCCCCAGGCACCUAAGAGGUUGACCCCCGCAGAGAAGGGCCGCUGCGCCUCCCUGGAGGAGAUCCUGUCUCAGCGGGAUGCCGCCCCGGCCCUCGUCGCACCGCCCCCGGGGCAGCUGUCCCGGAUCCAGGACCUGGUGGCGAGGAAACUGGAGAAGACUCAGGAGCUGCUGGCGGAGGUUCAGGGACUGGGAGACGGGAAGCGAAAGGCCAAGGACCCCCCUCGCUCUCCUCCCGAUUCUGAGUCAGAGCAGCUGCUGCUGGAGACGGAGCGACUGCUGGGAGAGGCGUCGUCGAACUGGAGCCAGGCGAAGAGGGUGCUGCAGGAGGUCAGGGAGCUGAGGGACCUGUACAGACAGAUGGACCUGCAGACCCCCGACUCCCACCUCAGGCCAGCCGCUCCGCACAGUCAGUACCGGAAGAGCCUGAUGUGAAGGAGCGGGGGCGGCUGGAGCUUGGCGGGUGGGGGACACGGACUCUUAUCUCCGAGUGUUGCAGGAUAAAGCUUUUUUAUUUACCUCAGUCAAAAAAAGGAAAAAAAAAAAAAACGCACAAA